AUGGCCUCCCUCUUCCAGCUCCUCGUCCUCCUCUUCGCCGCAGCUCUGACUGUGUCAGCUGCUUCCGCCCCCAACAUCACCAGCCUCGUCGACAAACUGCCCCCUUGCUCCAUCAAUUGUAUCGUCGACGGUGUCACGAACGAUGGCUGUGCCAUUAGCGACCUCGCCUGCGGGUGCUCCAAGAUCAACGACCUCACAAAGACUGUCUCGCCGUGCAUGGCAAAGGCAGGCUGCACGCUCGACGAAAUGACUCAAGCUGCUGGAGCUGUCGUGCAACUCUGCGAAUCUGCAGGUCUUAUCGCAAACGCCACCACAAGUGACCCGACUUCGACCACUGGAGCGGCAUCAGCAGCGACCAGCAAAUCCGACGCGGGACGAUUCUCACAAGAGCUCGGAUUCGCAUACGCUGCCCUUGGUGUGUUAGUAGCCAUGGCUGUUCUGUAA